GAGGAAAAAAACUGCUCCCCGGCAGCACUUGAGCAAGUAACGUGUUCCGACGAGCCUGAGGCUCUUCAUUCCUCAUCCGUUUUUUCUCCCUCUAACAAAGACCGGAUAAAAGACGGAAAAAAAAAAAACCCAACUCCUCCCGUGUUUUAACCAGAAACGCCAUUCCGGCGGCGCUGCCCAGCAGUGGGAACGAAGCGGACCCUCGUAACCGUUCUCGCCACUUUUCCUUCCAGAACGCUUAAUUCUGUCCCGCUUAAAAAUCUUUUGGAACUUUGAUGCUUCUUGAAAAUCCGCAGCGACGUUUAUAAAGCGUUCGUCUUAAGAUGGAGCUGCAACUUCUGUUAAUGGCAUCAUCGUUGGCCGUCUUCGGCAGCAGCUGGGCACAACAAGAUGGAAGUAUAUGCAUCAAGGCAAAUGCACAGUCAUGUGGGGAAUGCAUCCAGAUCUCAGAAACAUGCGGUUGGUGCUCGGAUGAGAAAUUCCUCUCUGCGGGUAUGGCCAAAUCAACCCGCUGUGAUGAUCUGGAGUCCCUGAAGAAAAGAAAUUGCAAAAUAAUUGAGAACCCACGUGGAAAUAUCACCAUUAACAAAAACAUACCAGUUACUGUUCGAAAUAAGGGUGUGACGGAGAAACUGAAGCCUGAGCAGAUCACCCAGAUACAACCUCAGAAACUCACCCUGAACCUCAGAUCUGGUGAAGCGCAGACGUUUGGGCUGAAAUUCAAGCGGGCGGAGGAUUACCCCAUUGAUCUGUACUACCUCAUGGACCUCUCCUUCUCCAUGAAAGAUGAUUUGGAAAAUGUGAAGAACCUUGGUACUCAACUCAUGAAAGAAAUGCAGGAAAUAACCUCGGACUUCAGGAUCGGGUUUGGUUCCUUUGUUGAGAAAACAGUCAUGCCUUACAUCAGCACGACACCAGCCCGGCUACUCAACCCCUGCCAGGGGAACCAGAACUGCACCAGCCCCUUCAGCUAUAAGAACGUCCUGCAGUUGACUGACAAGGGAGAUGAAUUCAAUCGUCUGGUCAGUCAGCAGCAGAUUUCAGGAAACCUGGACUCCCCAGAGGGCGGUUUCGAUGCCAUCAUGCAGGUGGCGGUGUGCGAGGAGCAAAUCGGCUGGAGGAACGUGACUCGUCUGCUCGUCUUUUCCACUGACGCUGGUUUCCACUUUGCAGGAGAUGGCAAACUGGGCGGCAUCGUCCUUCCCAACGACGGGAGGUGUCACCUGGAAAACAAUAUGUACACUAUGAGCCACUACUACGAUUACCCUUCCAUUGCUCAUCUGGUUCAGAAACUGGGUGACCACAACAUCCAGACAAUCUUUGCUGUAACUGAGGAGUUCCAGCCUGUUUACAAGGAGCUGGAAAAUCUUAUUCCCAAGUCCCAAGUUGGCACUCUGUCCUCCAACUCCAGCAAUGUGAUAAAACUUAUCAUUGAUGCUUAUAAUUUAUUGUCGUCUGAGGUAAUUCUGGAGAAUAGUAAGCUGCCAGAGGGAGUCUCCAUCACCUACAAGUCCAUCUGUAAGGACGGUGCCGUGGGAACUGGCGAGAACGGCAGGAAGUGCUUAGACAUCUCCAUCGGGGACGAGGUGCAGUUCAACAUUUCCAUUGAAGCCCAGAAGUGUCCUCUGCAUGGGAAGACGGAGGUCAUCACAAUUAAACCACUUGGCUUCAAUGAGGAGGUGGAAGUGGUUCUGAAUUUUAUCUGCGACUGUCAGUGCGCUGCGAAGGGAGAACCAAACAGUCCGAAGUGCCACGAUGGCAACGGGACCUUUGAGUGUGGAGCCUGCAAGUGUAAUGAAGGACGUAUCGGGCGAGUUUGUGAGUGCAGCAAAGACGAAGUCCGGACAGAAGACCUGGAUGCAAACUGCCGAAAAGACAACGGCACAGAUAUCUGCAGCAACAAUGGCGACUGUGUCUGUGGUACCUGCGAAUGCAAGAAGCGGGAUAAUCCUCUAGAAGUUUACAGUGGCCAGUUCUGUGAGUGUGACAACUUCAACUGUGACCGCUCCAACAACAAGCUCUGCGGAGGACAUGGUCGCUGUGAGUGCAGGCUUUGCGUUUGUGAUGCAAACUACACUGGCAGUGCCUGCGACUGUUCCCUGGAUACCUCCACCUGUCUGGCCAAGAACGGACAGAUCUGUAACGGGCGAGGUGUCUGCGAAUGUGGGACCUGCAAGUGUACUGACACCAAAUUCCAAGGGCCGACCUGUGAGCUCUGUCCUACCUGCCCCGGCGUCUGCACAGAGCACAAGGAUUGUGUGCAGUGUCGAGCGUUCCAGGCUGGCGAGAAGAAGGACAGAUGCGAGCAAGAGUGCAGCUACUUUGAGCUGGUGAAGGUGAAGGAUCGUGAUAAGCUGCCCCAACCCACGGACCAGAGCUUCCCACUGACCCACUGCAAGGAGAGAGACGCCAACGACUGCUGGUUCUACUUCACCUACGCCAUCAGGAAUGACACAAAGGAGGUGUAUGUGGUGGAGGAGCCAGAGUGCCCAGCAGGACCUGACAUCAUCCCCAUCGUAGCCGGCGUGGUCGCAGGCAUCGUGAUGAUCGGCCUGGCUCUGCUGCUCAUAUGGAAGCUGCUCAUGAUCAUCCACGACCGUCGAGAGUUUGCCAAGUUCGAGAAGGAGAAGAUGAAUGCCAAGUGGGAUACGGGCGAGAAUCCAAUCUACAAAAGUGCCGUAACAACUGUCGUCAAUCCAAAGUACGAGGGCAAAUAAUGGAGUUUGGCCUUUUGUUGUGACAACACUGUCUGGAGAAGAAGAUGGGCUGGGGUGAACGCUGGGGUGGGAUUUCUUUUUUUUUUUUUUUUUUACAGUAAUGCUCACUGUUUUUGUAGUCACCAAAUGAUAGCAAUGCAUUUUGCCACUCCGUUUAACUAACUUGUUUCGAUUUCCUAUGCAUUAUCUGUGUACAGUUUGGAGUUUGUCUUUUUUAUGCGUGUUUGAGAAUGUGAGAGAAUGUGUCGUAGCUUUUCUUCCACAUCAUAAUUGGCUGGGUGAUGGAAAAGCCUAGCUGUGCCUUUUUUAUAAUGGAAGCCAUCAGUGUUGUGUGGGGAGUCGAAUUGGAUGUUGAUCAUGAAGAUUCCAAAUAAUCACGUCUUGAUCGUUCUGGAGGUAACCGGUGUUUGGAAAAACAGGCGAUCAAAGGUCUUAAGACUGAUUUGCCACCUGACCAAAGGUUUUGCGGCGUUUAUCAUGCCGAACAAGUGGACCACCUCUCCUAGAUGUCGUGCUGUGUUGCCAGGUGUGGCAGCGGUGAGACGUGUACAGUACGUUGAGACUUCGGUGUAAAGCCAUACGUGUAUUCACAGGAUGGGGACCCAUGUUUUCAGAGUGACUGCAUCAACUGAACAAUCAUUUUAAUCCUAUCAUUAUUUUUCUUGGGCUGCCUUUUUAGAUGAAAGGACAUCAGUUUACACAAGAAUUACUGUUCAGCUACCAGGUUUUACUUGCUUAAUUUAAAGCCUACUCAGGUCCUUUAGUUCUUCUCAGCAAUACCAAAUACAUGCCUAAUGUGAUGGAUUUUCUUAUUUUAAUUGGAUUUUUUUGAGGGGGGAGGGGUCAUUAAAUAUUUUUUUAUUCGUGGAAUAUGAAUUGGGGAAGUCUCCAUUUCCCUCUCCCCUUUUUUUUUUUUUAAUCAGAAAUUUCACCAAGGUCUUAAUUGAAUUGACUUGAAUGCCUUUUAUUGUCAUUAUACAUUGUACAAUGACGUUGUAGAGCUUCUCCUUAAUGGCAAUCAAUCAGGUUUUAUUUUGCCAAAACCAGGAACGCUAUCUUGUCUGCUGCCAUUGUUUUGUAAGUGCCUUUUCUUAAUUUCCACAAUACAGUCACACAAUUCUGUUUUCUUAAAUUAUUUAUUAAAUAAAUUUUAAAAACUG